GGACGACAAGCGAAGCCUCCUCCCUUCUGAUUCUCCCCAUUCAAAUUGUACAUCCUUGUCCGUCUUUGUUUCUCUCCAUCUUUGCUUGCUUAACAACUUAUUUCCUUUUGCUUUUCUGCGGCCUUUCAUCGAGCAGAAACAAUGAUCAGGCUAUUUAAAGUUAAAGAAAAGCAAAAGGAAAUCGAAGCAAAUACAAAGGAGAAGGGCCUAGUCAAGAAGCCAAGUGCAGGGGAAUUACGUCUUCAUAGAGACAUAAGUGAGUUGAACCUACCAAAAGCAUGUAAGAACGAUCUGAUGAACUUUGAGGUCACCAUUGAACCGGACGAGGGAUAUUAUAUUGGUGGCAGGUUUGUCUUCUCAUUUCAUGUUCCCAUUAUCUACCCUCAUGAAGCUCCAAAGGUCAAGUGUGAAACAAAGAUCUAUCAUCCCAACAUUGACUUGGAAGGGAAUGUUUGUCUUAACAUUCUUCGAGAAGAUUGGAAACCUGUCCUCAACAUAAACACUGUUAUUUAUGGAUUGUCUCACCUAUUCACGCAACCCAAUUAUGAGGAUCCCUUGAACCAUGAGGCAGCUGAUGUUUUGAGGGAUGAUCCAGAGUUGUUUCAAUCAAAUGUGAGAAAAGCAAUUGAUGGUCGUCAAUGGGUGGGAACGGACUAUUUCCCCGGGUGCAAUUGAGAAGAUUUUCAAUCCGGUUAUCUAGGGUUGCUUGUUCAAGGUCCAAGGCUGUAUAGGGGUGAAGGUUGUCUUUCCUGGAGUGUUUCUACAUUUCAGGUGAGCAGGGAGAUUGUUUUGUGUCACAAUUUUCAGCCGAUGCUUGUUGUAGUAGGAGGCCAUUUGUGUGCUAGUGUAAUUCAAAUUCUCUUCCCAUUAAUAAACAAGGCGUCAUGUCAAGACUUGGUUUUUGGUUUUUCA